CAUUAAAGCUUGUGACACUGGUCGAGCCGAAAGCUUUAGCAAAAAUUAUGAAAAAUUUGUCAAUGAGACAGACAAGUCAAGCUGGACAGUUUGUAAAAACUUUCGUAUUAAUUUUAUUCCUCACAUUUGUGGUUCAUUGCUGCUUAAAUUUUACUGAACUUUGGGGAAAGUUUCGUGAAGUUAAUGACGCGAUAAUUCGCCUCCAACAAAAUGGUCAACGUGGAUAUCCAGUGCUUGCGAAGGACAUUUAUACGAAAAAUGUGAAUUUUGCUGCUAGUCAGACUGAAAUUGAGAAUAUAAGAAAGUUUGAGGAUCUGAGUGAGAAGGAAAGAGCUGAAGUGAUGGAACUUGAUGAUGGAAUUACGGAUGAGAUUCGAAGGAUUAUGAAGGAACUGAAUAUCACAAAUGCUGGCGAAAAUGGUGAACCUUUGAAUAUUUUAUUCAAUCAGACAGACUACAUUAAAAAAUUGGAUCAAAUGAUGCGAGCUAAUUAUGGCUACAAUGCAUUAGCUUCUGGUAUGAUCAGCCUUAAUCGAGCUCUGCCUGACAAUCGUAGUGAAUAUUGCAAGAACAAAAAAUAUCCAAUGAACCUUCCAAAAGCAUCAGUUAUUGUCAUGGUGCAUGAUGAUGACUGGAUGUUGCUGAUGCGAACUGUUCAUUCAAUUCUACUAAGAACACCUGAUCAUUUACUUGCAGAAGUGCUGCUUGUCUUUGAUCAUUCAGACAGGAAGUACCUUCAAGAGCAUCUCGAUGAAUAUAUCAAGAAAUAUCCGAAAAUUCGACUAAUCCGUUCACAUAGAAGGCAAGGAAUCAUUCCAACUAGAAUUCUGGGCGGUAGAAACGCUGUCGGACCUGUAAUCGUGUACUUAGAUUCACACUGUGAGGUAGGACCUGGAUGGAUUGAACCUAUACUGUCUAGAAUGACAGAAGAGCCGACACUACUAGCAGGACCGAAAGUAUCUUUGAUAGAUCCAGAGACAAUGCAAGUAACACUUGAUGACUCCCCCGGAUACAUUGGAUCAUUCAGUUGGGAUUUGGUUUACAAGUAUGUGUCAAUAGAAUUUUUUGAAGGCGACAAUCCAACACCAAAGUAUGAUCCAAAGCCAUCGGCAACAAUUGUUGGAGCUGCAUUUGCAAUCAGGAAGGAUUUUUUGUUGAAAAUUGGACUUUUCGAUCCAGAUUUCGAUAUUUGGGGCAGUGAAGAUGUAGAGCUGGCUUUUAGAACUUGGAUGUGCGGUGGUCGAGUUGAGCUCAUCCCAUGCUCUGUUGUAGCUCACAUGUUUAAAUCUCACACUUACGAAACCAAAGUAAAAAGCCAAAACAGUGUCCUUUACAACAACGACAGAAUAGCUGAAAUAUGGCUUGAUGAUGAGUACAAGAAGUAUUACUACAGAUCCGUUGGAGACACAAAGAACAGAGACUAUGGAAAUAUCACAGAAAGACUAGAACUUAAGAAAGAAUUAAACUGUAAAUCAUUUAAAUGGUACAUGGAGAAUGUCAAUCCUAAGAGAUAUGUUCCGGAUAAUCUAAAGGAUGAGAACUGGUUGAAGGCACAAGAAGACAAGAAGAAGAAGGAGGAGGAGGACGAAAAGAGGAAACAAGAAGUAGAACUAAAGAAAAAUGAAAAUGAUAAGACACAAAAUGAUACAAAGAAGGCUUAA